CCUCUUCUGGCCAAGUGUGGAACAGCACCGAGCACAGACAAGUAGUGACAGCAGCAGCCAUAGCUUGAGCCAUAGGAGGAGGACAGGAAACCAUUUGUGUGUUAUACAUCCUGGGUGACGAUCGGUCUAUGGCAAUCCUCGCCCUGUCCCCCUGAUGGGUGUAUGAUGGGACUGGGCAGCACACAGAACACGUAUGACAGCUGAACGCUAACUGUCACCCUGUGCAAUGCCAGGUCACCAGUUGCCUCCCACUGUCAUUGAGUGGUGAAUGAAUGGGGACGGGUCCCUGAGAGGCAGAGGACAUCGGGCGUAGCUCAGUAGAUGACCCGGGAUAAAGGAUCUGCCUGCCUGCCAACAUGAGGAGUCGGAGCAACUCGGGGGUUCGGCUGGACGGUUACGCCAGGCUUGUCCAACAAACCAUUCUCUGCAAUCAGAAUCCAGUCACUGGGCUGCUCCCUGCUAGUAAGGACCAGAAAGAUGCUUGGGUACGAGACAAUGUGUACAGCAUCCUGUCUGUGUGGGGCCUGGGGAUGGCAUACAGGAAGAAUGCCGACCGGGAUGAGGAUAAAGCCAAAGCCUAUGAACUAGAACAGAGUGUAGUGAAGCUGAUGCGUGGGGUUCUGCACUGCAUGCUCAGACAGGUUGAUAAAGUUGAAAAGUUUAAGCACUCUCAGAGUACAAAAGAUUGUCUUCAUGCCAAGUAUAACACCUCUACGUGUAGUACUGUUGUUGGAGAUGACCAAUGGGGACAUCUACAGGUUGAUGCUACCUCACUCUUCCUGCUUUGCCUAGCAGAAAUGACGGCUGCAGGUCUUCGUAUUGUGUUUACACUGGAUGAAGUGGCCUUCAUACAGAAUCUUGUAUUUUAUAUAGAAGCUGCUUAUAAAGUUGCUGAUUAUGGAAUGUGGGAAAGAGGAGACAAAACAAAUCAAGGACUUCCUGAGCUCAAUGCCAGCUCUGUGGGAAUGGCCAAAGCUGCUCUUGAAGCUAUUGAUGAACUUGACCUGUUCGGUGCUCAUGGAGGUCCUAGGUCAGUGAUCCAUGUCCUACCGGAUGAUGUAGAACAUUGCCAGUCUAUUCUGUACUCUAUGUUACCUCGAGCAUCCACCUCCAAAGAGAUUGAUGCUGGUCUGCUGUCUAUCAUUUCAUAUCCAGCAUUUGCAGUGGAAGAUAUAACCCUUGUGAAUGUCACCAAAAAUGAAAUCCUCACAAAGCUGCAAGGAAGAUAUGGCUGCUGUAGAUUUCUGCGUGACGGAUAUAAAACUCCAAGAGAGGACCCGUCCAGAUUACAUUACGACUCCACAGAACUGAAGCUGUUUGAGAACAUUGAGUGUGAGUGGCCUGUGUUCUGGACAUACCUAGUCAUUGAUGGAGUUUUUAAUGGAGACCACGUUCAGGUGCAGGAAUACAGAGAGGCCCUAGAAGGGAUAAUAAUUCGAGGUAAACAUGGAAUUCACCUGAUGCCUGAACUGUAUGCAGUCCCACAUGACAAGAUUGAAGAGGAGCAUCACAACCCCCAUACAGUUGAUCGUAUUCCCUUGGGGAAGACACCACAUUUGUGGGCACAGUCUCUGUAUAUUCUGGGAUCUCUUCUUGCUGAGGGAUUUUUAGCUCCUGGAGAAAUCGACCCUCUAAAUAGAAGAUUUUCAACUGCUUUUAAGCCUGAUGUUGUCGUGCAAGUUUCCGUUCUGGCUGAAUCCAAAGAAAUAAAGGAAAUGCUAAAGAAACAUGACAUUGAUGUUCAAAGUUUUAGCGAUAUUCGACCAUUCCGAGUGCAGCCUGCAAGAAUUCUGAGUCAUCUCUAUGCUAAAUUGGGCAUUAAUAGGGCCAUGAAACUGAGUGGACGUCCUUACCGCCACAUUGGAGUCCUGGGAACAUCUAAACUGUACACAAUUAGGAAUCAGAUCUUCACUUUUACUCCUCAGUUUACAGACCAGAACCACUUCUAUCUGGCUUUGGACAGCAAAAUGGUGGUUGAGAUGCUCCGUACUGAAUUGGCUUACCUGACCUCUUGCUGGAGAAUGACAGGAAGACCUACCGUCACGUUUCCCAUUACCCAUUACAUGCUCAAUGAGGAUGGCUCUGACAUAGACCCUGCUAUUCUGUCAACUGUUAGAAAACUUGAUGAUGGAUAUUUUGGAGGAGCAAGGGUAAAACAAGGGAAAUUGUCUGAUUUCCUUACCACCUCCUUCUUCACUCAUCUGAGUUUCCUGGAUGUUGACUGCGAUGAAAAGCUUUUGGAUGGAGAUAGCGAGGGAUACUAUAGCCCAGACAAUGACUAUGAAUAUGAAUUGGCUGGAUUUCAAACAGAGCCAACAGAAAAUGAUGAUACACAAGAUGAGCUGGACCAGUACAUAAAUCAACUACAGCAAAGUGUGGCUUCUGCCACUCAUUUGCCCCCUUUAGUGGCUAAUUCGUCAAAUCACUCUGCCUUCAGUGCCCUGCACUCCACCCGGGAUAUUUUCUCCAUAAUGGCCAAAUCUAAAGGCCUUGAAGUUCCAAACUCUUCUUUGUUCCUGCCUGCUAAAAAUCUGAGUGGUCACCGACGCUCUUUAAAUCUUUUAGAAGUUCCCCAAUUGCACAAACCUCAGAAUAAAGAAGCCGAGCUAAACUUACCCAGGGACCCGCAUGGUAAUGUAGACUGUCAGAAAUUGGUGGAACAACUUAAAGAUUGCUCUACCCUUCAGGAUCAGGCAGAUAUAUUGUACAUACUCUAUGUCAUAAAAGGACUAGACUGGGAUACCAAUCUGAAUGGACAAUGUGGAGUCACCCUGCACUGCCUACUGAGUGACCUAUACAGCAAAGCCGGACUUAACCGAGAGUGGGGUCUAAUCCGCUACAUCUCUGGGCUGCUGAAAAAGAGAGUGGAAGUGCUUGCUGAGGCAUGCACUGAUAUCCUGUCACACCAAAAACAGCUAACAGUGGGUCUUCCCCCUGAACCCCGUGAAAAGACCAUUACAGCGCCUUUACCUCCAGAAGAGCUGGCUGCCUUGAUCUAUGAAGCUAGUGGACAGGAUAUCAGUAUUGCUGUACUCACACAGGAGAUCAUGCUGUAUCUGGCCAUGUAUGUCCGCUCCCAGCCCAUUCUUUUUGGAGAAAUGCUCCGGCUUCGGAUUGGUCUAAUCAUCCAGGUGAUGGCCACGGAGUUAGCCCGCAGCUUAAACUGUUCAGGUGAAGAGGCUUCAGAAAGCCUGAUGAGUCUUAGUCCUUUUGACAUGAAGAAUCUCCUUCAUCACAUCUUGAGCGGAAAGGAAUUUGGUGUGGAACGGAGCAUGCGUCCGAUUGAUUCAAGUGCAACCAGCCCAGCUAUUUCAAUCCAUGAGAUGGGACACACAGGAGUCACCAAGACUGAAAGAUCCGGGAUUACUAGGCUACGGAGUGAAAUGAAACAAAUGGAUAGGAGGUUUAGUGCCGAUGAUCAGUUCUUGCAUGGGCAUUCUGUAAGCAGCAUCCAUUCAUCAAGGUCUACGAGAUGCAGCAGUCCUUCGUCUCCUACUGGAACUUUGUCACCAACAGCAUCUAGUGGACCCCAGCUUAUAUGGGAUGAUCACCAAGGUCAGUGGCUAAGAAGGAGAAGACUUGAUGGAGCCAUCAACAGGGUACCAAUGGGUUUUUACCAGAAAGUGUGGAGCCUCCUUCAAAAGUGUCAUGGAUUGUCAAUUGAUGGAUAUGUUCUUCCAUCCUCAAGCACAAGAGAGAUGACAGCUUGUGAAAUAAAGUUUGCUGUCCACGUGGAGUCUGUCCUCAAUCAUGUUCCUCAGCCUGAGUACAGGCAGCUGCUGGUAGAGGCCAUACAUGUUCUCACUCUAGUGUCAGACAUGGAAGUGAAUAGCAUUGGAGGCAUCAUCCAUGUGGAUCGUAUUGUGCACAUGGCCAGUGAUCUGUUCCUUCAGGACCAGAAAGCUCUUGGAGCUGGAGAUUUUUACCUCGACCAAGAUCCAGCCACAGGGAUCUGCAACUUUUUCUUCGACAGUGCUCCGAGUGGGGCCUUUGGUACAAUGACUUACUUGACCAAAGCCGUGGCCAGUUACCUACACGACUUUUUACCCAAUACAAGUUGUAUGAUGCAGUGAGAGGUCAGGCUACCAUAUAGGAUGCGUUGGUCUGUUUCUGUAAAAGGAAAAAGGCUGGGCAGCUGUUAAUUCACAUUCAAAAGCAUUUCUGUAAGGUUACCUGUUUAUUCUUGUUACAGAUGGAAUUUUUUAAUUAUAACAUGAACCAAGAACUAUUCUUGUAAAAGCAUGGGCUGUGGGAACAAUGUCAUUUAAAAACUCUGUUUAAACACAAUAUUUAUUGCAAUAUUUCAGAAGAGUAUUUCUUCACUUAAAUAGCAUCAAACUUUAGAAAAAGUUAACUCUUGAACUAGUCCAAUGCUUUUCUACAACCCAAAAUAUCCCCCACUGUACCCGUUUUUCCUUUGUAGCCAAGUGCAAAUACGGCACUUAUUUCACCAAAUUACUAAUUUUUGGACAGGUUACAUGCUCGGUGGAAUUUCUGAAAAAAGUCUGCUAUGUUUAGGAACAUACCAGCCCCACAGAUCUUAUGCCGCGUACACACGAUCAUUUUUCGGGAUUGAGAAAAACGUUGUUUUAAAAGAAUGUAAUUUAAAAUGAU